AUGAUGGGCGCCCGUCUCACGGAUCCCCACUGGGCUCAUUUGUGGGAGGACCCGUCCUCAGAAACUAUCAUAGCUAAAGCUACUGACCGGGUUCCCUGGAACUUGGUGACUGGGCGAGAUAUCAAACGGCACCAAAAAGUCAUCAACCGCGUAACCGGUCAAGUCGUUGGGUACGCGCGAUGGAUUCUACCUCCCAUUCUGGCAAAAAACAACGAUGUCUGGCUGGAAGCCCAGGUAGCUGAGGUGACUGCAGCGGAGUGUGCAGCAUAUGAGAAGCAAUACCAGGCGUGCACCAAAAAUGGUCGUGCGAUUGGCAUGAAGAGCGGGUCAAUGAUGAGUUAUCGCAGCGCGCCCCUGGAAGCCGUCGAUGCGCGAAUCAGGCGAGAUGGUCCGUUUCUGACGCUGGAUUACUUGACCACAAACCCGGUAUUCUGGCGCCGGGGCAUUGGUAGUAUGCUCGUGCAGAGCGGGCUUAAGGUCGCAGAUCAGCACGCAAUCAAGACCUAUGUCAUGUCUGAGCCGGCUGCCUUAAAGCUCUAUCUUAACCUAGGGUUCAAGCUGGUAGAAACAGUGUCUACCGACUAUUCCCAGUACGGUGGAACUGAGCCUAUGGUUCAUUAUUUCCUCAUCCGCGAACCUUCCCUUUGA